UCCAGCGCUGGGUCCGACAAGUCUGGGAACAACGACGGAGGGGGUUGUUUUGAUUAAAGUUGAUGGACCUUUUCGGGGUUCCGCUGCCGUGUUGUACUGUUUGAAAUUCAAGAUGUUUGAUGCGCUUUCAACUCUUCGACCCUCGCCUGUUCUUCACAUACACGGAGGAAGGAUAUACCUGGGAAACGAGCGAAGUUUAAGAUGAGGAGCAACUUUUCCAACUGCCAUACUAGUUGAGCGGCUGACCUGUGCUAAGCUAACUCGCUAGCCAAAAGUCUGGAAUGCGAUAAAAAAAAAUUUGGGGGAAAAGUCCAAACGCGAGCUGUCGAGCUGGGGUUUUCGAGAAUCGUGACCAAGUGAGAUUUCUGGCCAAGUUUUGAGGAGGAAAGUGCCGGUUUGAAUCCCAGCAUAUUUUGGUCUGAAUGGACAUUGCAGGUGCACCUCUUGCGGCACCUGCGAAACUUCAUCGCUCCAUCGGUAGAGAGCUAACUCUGGAGCUAACUUUAGCUUGAAACUUUAUCGCAGCAACGGAGUCUACAGUGUGGGAUUAUGUCCGUUUUAUAGUUGAGAUAAUGUAUAUGAAGUAAUACAUUAUUGAACAGGUUUCCAGCAGUAUGUCGGUACUUGUCAGCGCAUGCAAGUGGUGACAUUAGCUAACAAAUGUAUAGGCUAACCUUAGCAAGCAACUUUGCUAGCUAGUUAUUGACCCACAAAGACACUUGUACCAGAGUGGCGACGUGGAUUCAAAGUUGUAGACUCUCUCCCUCACAGGACUUUGGACACUCUUUGACCUCGGCUUGGGCUACACAGGGAAUUGAGCACCGUUCUCCUUGGCGAGUCCUGUAGAUGUGACAGGAUGAGGAUUUCGAUAAGUUACCUUGUACCGUUUUAAAGUUUGAUUUUGUUAGCUCUGCACCCUAUGGUGCGGCUACGGCCACCGAGAAAUGGAUGUCUCGCAGGCCGCUUUCCCAAACGGUGAAGGGCGGCCGGGCGGCGGUGGCACCCGGGAGCAUGGCUGGACAGACUCUCCCACGGCCAGGGCGUGGGCUCACUCUGCCCCGCUGUGCUCGACUCGGUCCCUCUGGACAGCUGCAUACGACUAUGAGGCCAGCGGCGAGGACGAGCUCAGCCUCCGGCGAGGAGACGUGGUGGAAGUCCUCUCCAAGGACGCUGCGAUCUCCGGGGACGAGGGAUGGUGGACGGGUAAAAUCAACCACCGGGUCGGGAUUUUCCCUUCCAACUAUGUCACCUACCAACCCGCUAUUUACCGUCGUGAGCGCGUCCCGAGCUCGCCGGUGAAGAUCGUUUUCAGUGAACUCGUACUAGAGGAGAUAAUAGGCGUGGGUGGAUUUGGUAAAGUGUACCGGGGCACAUGGAAAGAUCAAGAGGUCGCCGUGAAAGCGGCCCGGCAAGACCCGGACGAAGAUAUAACAGCCACCGCUGACAGUGUUAAACAAGAAGCGAAACUUUUCUCCAUGCUACAACACCCCAACAUUAUCAAACUGGAAGGAGUGUGUUUGGAGGAGCCCAACUUAUGCCUGGUGAUGGAGUAUGCCCGAGGCGGCACCCUGAACCGGGUGCUGACCGGAAGACGAAUCCCGCCGCACAUCCUGGUCAACUGGGCCGUGCAGAUUGCACGCGGGAUGCACUAUCUACACGAGGAGGCCGUGGUACCCAUUAUCCAUCGCGACCUGAAGUCUAGCAACAUUUUAUUACUUGAAAAAAUCGAGAAUGAUGACAUCGGGAGGAAGACGUUGAAAAUCACAGACUUUGGCCUGGCCAGGGAGUGGCACAAAACCACCAAAAUGUCGGCAGCAGGCACCUACUCCUGGAUGGCCCCUGAGGUCAUCAAGUCCUCGCUGUUCUCCAAGGGCAGUGAUGUGUGGAGCUAUGGUGUCUUGUUGUGGGAGCUGUUAACGGGGGAGGUGCCGUAUCGUGGGAUAGAUGGCUUGGCUGUGGCUUACGGGGUCGCAGUCAACAAGCUGACCCUACCAAUCCCCUCCACAUGUCCCGAACCCUUUGCCAAGCUCAUGGAAGAGUGCUGGGACCAGGACCCCCAUGUGCGUCCCUCCUUCUCCUGCAUUUUGGAGCAGCUGUCGGCCAUCGAGGAGGCAGUGAUGGCCACCAUGCCCCAGGACUCUUUCCAUAGCAUGCAGGAUGAUUGGCGGGUGGAGAUCCAGGAGAUGUUUGAUGAGCUCAGGACCAAAGAGAAGGAGCUGCGUUCCAGGGAAGAGGAGCUGACACGGGCCGCCUUGCAGCAGAAGUCCCAGGAGGAGCUGCUGAAGCGUCGGGAGCAGCAGUUAGCGGAGCGGGAGAUCAACGUGCUGGAGAGAGAGCUCAACAUCCUCAUUUUCCAGCUCAACAAGGACAAGCCCAACGUUAAGAAGAGGAAAGGCAAGUUCAAACGUUCCCGUCUCAAACUGAAGGAUGGAAACCGCAUCAGCCUGCCCUCAGACUUCCAGCAUAAGAUCACAGUGCAGGCAUCACCCUCCAUGGACAAGAGGCGGAGCCUACACAGCACAAGCUCCUCCCCUCCCAGUAGCCCUACACUCAUCCCCCGGUUACGAGCCAUUCAGCUGACGUCCCAUAUGCGAAGAGACAGUUUGUAUGUUUACCAGCAGGAAGUUGAUCUGACCAGCGAGUUGACAGCCCUUACUGGGCUCAGGAGGAAAGUCACUUUAGAUGAGAGCAACCGUACAUGGGGCCGCAGCACCCUCUUCAGGCCAGAGGAGUUUGAUGAUGUGAAGAAGGGAAUCAAGAAGAAAGGAAGAACCUGGGGCCCCAGUUCAGUACAAAGCAAAGACAGGCCCAAUGCUGCUGAGAGAGUGCGCCCUCUCUCAGAUGGCAGUAACCCCUGGUCCACCAGCCUGGUGAAGUCUCAGAAGUCUGUCCCUCUUGCUGCUCUGUUUGCUGAACAAGCAGGGGCCAGUAAAGACGAGGCAUUUUCCCAGGAUUGCCCUGACAGCAGCAGCUCCAAACCAAAGCAACUCAAGUUCCCCAACCAGGUGUACAUAGAUCUACCUCUCUGGAGGGACGAGCAGCAGCUUCAGAGCCCUGGGGGACAUUGUGGGUCGGGAGAGGUGGGGGUAGGAGGAACAGGUCAAGGUGGCACUGGAGAGUGCACGGAGGACCCCUACACCACCACAUCCACCUCAUCCACCUCCACCACCCCGCAGCUCACCCCCACCAACAGCCUGAAGCGGGCAUCAGUUCGCCGCAAGACCGACUCUGUGCUGUAUGGCUGCGGCUCGCUGCUGGCUUCAGUGGUGCUGGGCUAUGACCUUCGGGAGGCACUCAAGAACUCGGCCCCUGGCGAGGAGAAUGAGCCCCAGCGAGAAGAGAAAGAGAAGAAGAAGAAGGAGGGCCUGUUCCAGCGUGCUACCCGUUUCCGCCGCAGCACCUCACCACCCAGCAAUCGGUGCCGUAAAGAUGAGGCUCAGUUAAGCCACAUCUCUAACCAACCUGUUAAUCUCAUCUCCAUGUCAGCUAUCAUGGAAUGCAACUCCACCAAGUGUCUUUUACAGUCUGAGGCAGAAACAAGCCCUGGGAAAGAUGAGCUUGUGGCUGUGAAUCAUCCAGACCCAUCAAGGUCCUGCCCGGCAGUGUCCCCUGCAGGCCAGAGCAGCAAGACUGUAGCUAAAUCACAGAACCAGACGCCGACACAAACCCAAAGCCCAGUAUCAGAACAGAGCAACCACAUCACAGUUCCACGCCUGCGCAGGAAGAAGUCUGCUGCCAACCACAACUCUAAUGGUCCGCCGGCUCUGCCUCCCCCGGCCCCCCAUCAGAAGAAGAAAGAGAGGGAGAAGGACAGUGCAUCGGAGAGACCCUCCGGAGGGGAGACCUGCUCCAGACCAAGGCCACUGUCGCUCCGAUCCAAACCCCACACCUGGGCCCUGCUGCGGGGACGCAACAAGAGCUACUCCCUGGGCCACUACUCCGGAGAGAAAAGCGCACAAAACCUAAACAUGGUGCUUUCCUCGGAGGUCGGGGUGGGCUGCUCUCUGCUGGACAUGGACACCGAGGGCCAGAAACGGGACUGCACCGUGCCGCUGUGCCGCAUUCAGAGUUCCCCGGGGCGGCCUUCCGUAUUUGAACUGGAAAAAGAGUUCCUCUCUUAGGACCCUCCAGAGCCUUAAGAGUGAUUCCAGUUGAUGCUACCGUGGUCGUAGCAUACCUAGUCUAGAGUUUUCCAGAACGUAUAGACAGAAUUCUUGGCCUAGAACUCCUGGAGGGUUUAGAACCAAGCUGCCUUUUUCAUUCAGACAAAACAAAACAAACAAAAAAAAAAAACAUGUAACAAAGAAGCCAGCAGUGUCUCUGUUGUGUAGAGCAUUGUUAUGUCUGAGUUCUAGAGCGUCACCAAGUAUCGGACCUCUGGCUGAGUCGCAGGAGCUCUAGAACGCCCUGGCUCAUUCUAGAACACGGGACCUGUCUCCAUUGUUGUGAAACCUGAGCAGAACAUUCCGGAGCUGAUCAACAGCUUUCCUAUCAGUUAUCACAGGGUGCUCAACUGCCACCUGCGGCCCCUCAUCCCUCUUGCCAUAUUCAUCUCUCCCUCUCUCUUGCUCUCUCUCUCUCUCUCUCUCUCUCUCUCUCUCUCCCUCUUUCACUCUGUCACUCCCUCCCUCCCUCCCUCCCUGUUCUGUCGGUGCAGCUAAACGUUGACCGCUGCUGCAGCUUCUCGCAACAUGAUACCCUCACCUUUUUAUUUAUAUAUAUAUUUUUAUAGGUAAUUUAAUAUGAAGAGACUUGGCCUUCCCUUAGCAACCAGCUGGACAAACUUUAAUGGACAUUACGUACAUUCCAUGUCAAUUUCAAAGUCGUGCGCCUACGCUGUGUUUUAGAUUUGUGACUUGAGAAUCAUGCAUGCAUGUACCCUUAAAAUGUUGAACAAAAAAAUCAUUAUGCCUUGUUUGUAAAUAUUUCUUUUUAUCCAUUGUUGAUUUAAUGCCGAUAAUUGUUUUGUAUUGCAUAUAUACUGUUUUAUGAUUGUGUUUAAUGUCAGCAAUGCUGCAGUACAAUGUGUGCUCUGGGGGACGAGUUGCAUACUGGCUCAUAGUGUAACCCUGUUAGAAUGCCCUGACGGUUGCAGACACACAGGUAGAAAAACACUGGAAGGCCUGCAAAACAGACCUGCAAUCUCACAUAAAAGCUGGACUAAAAUUAAGUUUUAAUGACCAUUUUUUCAUGUCAAAAAUAAGGUCAUUUGUUGCUAAUAUGGAUUUUUUAAAGAGUAUUUAUAGCAAAGUUUUUGUGGUUAAUAUUAUAUUUGCAGUUCCUUCACUCAGCGCACUGCAGUGGGGUUGUGGGGGGGUCAUUUUAGCCAUGAAUAUUCACAUCAGGAAAGCCUUAGACAUUCAAUUUGUAAUCCCUUUCAACUGAUGCCUAUUGAUUGGCUGAACUGCCCAGCUCCAGUUUCCAUGGAAUUACUACUACUCACCCCGGGAGUGGCCACAAGAGACAAGAACUUAACUUUUGAGGCUCGAUUUAUUACAUCAAGUAUAUGAAAUAAUAAUAUGUGUGAACCAGAUAGACAUUGUACCCUUAAGUGCUCGAGAGCCAUUCCUCCUCAUUAUGUUUAACUCAUGCCAGCAUUUUCAUUAUUUUUGGCAGACAGUUUCAUAAUUCAAGCAGAUGUCAAAAUAAUAAACAUUUUAUUUUAUGCAUAUUUUCAAAAAAUUAUAGAUCUAAAGAUCUGUUAGCUUAGCUGAAUUUCAAAAUGGUGUCACCCAUUUGCCAUAAUUGGAUGUACUUGAUCGUUGUUUUUUAAAUUUUGUGGGACAACAGUAUUUUAAGUUGAAUUGGGUUUAUGGCAGAUAAAGUUUUCAGGUAAAAAGCUCAGUAGAUGAGUUAUCAAGGCGUUGCCCCCUGGAAAUCUGUGCAAAGCAAGGCAUUUGGGUUGAUGAAGAGCAAUACUGUCAGUAUGCUGAAAAAUGGUGGAGACUUUAUUGCCAAGCAGUUAUACCACAUUUACUGUCAGCCUCUUUAUUAAUUGUGCAUGUUUUGUUACUGCUUGCACAAUUCUUAUGCAGCUAGAGCACGUUAUACAGUGCACACAGUAAAAUGUUGUGCAUGAGUUAAUACCUCAUUACCAGGAAAUACAUGUUUCCCUAUAGAAUGGUCACUCCUGGGUUUUAUAUAUUACAUUCACGUGAUGAUGAAACUUGACAACUGCUAAGCAAACAUUGACAGUUUUGCCACAUUACAUUGUCCCAGCUUUGAUUUCAGUCCAACUGAUUUGUAAGGUAUGAUGUUUAUUUUUUGAAGUUCAUUUGAAAAUGUGUCUCACUUUAAAGGCCAUGAUAGGGCCCCAUUUGAUGUAAAUUCCCUAAAGGUAUAGGUGUAUUUUUGAUUCCUGAGGUGAAUAUCACUUUGAUGUCUUUAUGAUGAUUUAGAAUGUGAAUUAAGCCGUGCUUUGUAACAGGCAACAGACCAGUUCUAGCCAGGCCUCACCCAUCGUGGCCACUUUUGGACACCCAGUUGUUGAAGAUGCAGUUUGUAAACUUACGAUCACUAAAGAUUUCUAAAUUAUCAUAAAUCAAAGCGGAUCGGUAAAUGCAGUUCUUUGUUUCAACGUCACCAUAAUAGAUGAUUACUUUAUUCUGAUAUGUUGCUUUCAGAACCCGGGGUUUCAGUCUGAAACCAAAGACUGCAGCUGAAACAUGGUCAAUCACAUCAUUUUAGCUGGAGGAUAACUAGCUUCUAACAAAGUUGGGGACUACAUGGCCAAAAACAUUCCACUGAGUUUUAUAAACUGCAUCAGUAAUUAAAAUGAUACCAAUUCUAAUAUGGUGCAUUCAGGCUACCAGCUAUGGGACCAAAUCCAGUAGUGUCCAGCCAGGCCUUGGAGCUGAGGAAAUCCAUAACAAAACAAAGCAGACGUACAGCUUUGGGGCCAAUUGCAACACUAUUUAACAUGGCCUCUCUGUUUAUGGGACCAAAACCACUAAAUAUGACCAGCUGCUAGUGUAGAGUUCUUGUAAAGAAAACUACUCAACAUGAUGACUUAAAAAAAAAAAAAAGAAAAAGAAACACCUCAGAUGGGCAACACAGCUCCGUUGCUGAAAGACCCCAUCACCUCCUGAUCAAAUAUCAAGACUUCCUGUUAAAUGCAUCGACUUCCUUUUACACUGGAGACUUUGUGUGAACACGACACUGCUUCAAACGAACAAAGAGAGGGAUUUAGUCGUGACAUUGAGUUUUGAAGACAUCUGUUUCAGUGCAUGGUUAUUGUUAUCAUUACAGUAUUGGUUAUUUCAACGCCUGAUUGAUCAAGAGAGUGUCAAGUUUUCAACAUUUUGAAUAAAGUCUGAAUCAAGA